AUGGAUCGGUCGGUGAGUGCGGGGCGGAAGGCGGAAGCGCCGAUCCCGGCGGCGCAGGAGAGCUUCUGGUCGAGCCUGGUGAAGAAGGUGGCGGACUUCGUGCUCGAGGACGACAUCCCCUCCUCCUCGUCGCGCGCUUCCACGCCGCGGCAUCAGCAGUCUCCCACGCUCAAUGCGGAGGAUCUUCUAGGAAAACCUGUUGCGGUUAGCGGUGUAUCCAGCAGCCCGCGGAGGGCGAGCGCAAAGACAAGCUCCCCACAAGCACAGCCGGGGAGCGGCAAGCAUGUUGGAGUCUCGAAGCCCACGCAGGCACGAAACAGUGGAACCGCAAGAUCUGCAGGAGCAGAACGGAUGGCAGGGAUGGCAGCCGGUGGAAUGGGAGAAGGUGGAACGGGAGCAGGGAAGCGAGGUGCAGGGGAUUCCAAGCCUGCUGCAGCAGCAGGAGGAGCAGCAGGAGCAGGGAGGGGAGCGUCAGGUCGUGCUUCAGCUGGACCAACGUUUGGGGGUGCUAAGGGAGGAGGAGGCGGAGGAGGCGGCGGUGGUGGCGGUGGAUUUGUGCAGGGAGGGCUGGACGCCAUCAUCAACUCUAUUUCCCUGCUCGGUGACACCCUUGGCUCCGCUCUCGAUGAGGGCAUAGGCAAGGUGGUGCAGGUGGCGGUGGAGGAGCGCCCUGAGGGCAUAGGCAAAGUGGUGCAGGUGGCCGUAGACGACCACCCGCCCCCCAGAAAGGCAGCAGCGGACAGCACCAAGCCCGGCGCGUCAGGCAGGCAGUCCGCGCCCAGAGCGGCCAUCAGAGACGCGCGCCCCCGCCUCGUGCAGUCAAAAGGGCCUGAUAGCGGACGAGAAGGGCGAGCAGGGGAAACAGAAGCUGCUGCCUCCCUCGUCUCUCCUGCUUCCCUCGCCUCUCCUCCCGCCCUUGUCUCUCCUUCUUCCCCUGUCUCGCCGCCCUCCCUAGCUGCACGGCCUGACGAGCCUCUUGCCUCCCCUCCCCCUCAAGCUCCUGGUCAUGCAUCCUCUGGCCCAACUGCCACGUCAGCCGCCACGUCAGCCGCUACAUUAGCCGCCACGUCAGGUGCUGAGCUGGCAGCGGAAGACGAUUUGCUAGUGCGGUUGCCGAAGGGAAGGGAGAUGCUGGUGGGGAGAGAGGAGGGGGUGAAGAGGGCGAGUGAGGCGGCGGUGCAUGUGCCCAAGGAGACCCAGCUCGUGGCGUCCAGAAAUGUGAGUCCGCUGGAAUGGGAGGUGGGCAGAAAUCUGACCACAGCCGUGGCCAUGCGGGUGAAGCAGUUCACUCCUUGCAUCGUUUUGAGGCGCCUCAAAACACAGCCGUGGCCAUGCGGCCGUGGCCAUGCGGGUGAAGCAGUUCACUCCUUGCAUCGCCCCUCCUUCCCCCCUCUUUUCAUCCCUCCCCUCCGCCUCCUUCCUACCCCCCCUAACCCCACCAUUCUCCCCCACCAGGUGGCGACAGCCAUGGCCAUGCGGGCGAAGCAGCUACAGGCGGACCUCAAGGCAGCCCGCCGCGACGCCAUGGACGCUCGAGAGCGGUGCAGAGCGGUGGAGGAGGAGAAUGAGCGGCUCAGAGCGGCGCUGGCGGCUGCAGAAGAGACGAAGGGGGGAGUGAAGGGGGAGGGGAUGGGAGGGCGUGAGGCGGAGGUGGAGGCGGGGGUGGAGGGGGAAGGAGGGGUGGACACACAUCACCACCACCAUCACUCGGAAUUGGAAGAUAUGGUGAGUUUUGAUGGGCUGGAAUCUGCACGAGCAGCUGGGAGUGUUGCUGCAGGAGAAGGCGCUGCUGGUGGCGAGGAAGGCAGCAGUGGAGCGCGAGAGACAGAUGCCACAAGACUACCCCCCUUCUUCUUGCUGUCUGCUGACUUCCUGUCCUUUUCCAUUAUGCCCCCUUCAUGUUUCCCCGCACCUGUUCUUGCUCGCCCGCAGCUGCACGAGCAGCUGGGAGUGCUGCUGCAGGAGAAGGCGCAGCUGGUGGCGGGGAAGGCAGUGGUGGAGCGAGAGAACGAGAUGCUACACCACCUGCUGCUCUACUACGAGCACCUCUACCUGCGCGGAGGCAGCACCACCCCAGGCGCACACCAUGCACUUGCUGAGGCGGGACAUGUGCUGUCCGAAGGGGGGGGGGCGCUGCCGGAGGGAGAGUGUGGACUGCUGGACGGGGGGCAUGUGAUGUCGGCAGAGGAGCAUGCGGCGCUGAUGCACAAGCACAUGCACUUGCAUGGGGGUCUGACGGAUGGGCAUGGUGGUGAUGUGGAUGCGCACAUGCAUCUGAUGAAUGCAGGCUCUCUUGUCCCUGCUGCCGAUGCUGCAGAGAGCAGGGUUCACGCUGCUGACAUGACAUCAGGGGACUGUGCCGGGGUUGGGGGGAACCGGGAGGCGGGACAGGAGAAGGCUGAGGAGCACACAGGGCCGCCUUCGUUUCAGCAGCAGAUGGCAGCAGCAGACUCGUUGGAUGAAGCAAGGGGAGGCAGUGUGGUGGGUGAAGGGGCAGAGGCGGGUGGGGGAGCCGAAGCGGGUGGCGGGGAGAACCGGGAGGAGGGACAGGAUUGCGCUGAGGAGCAGGUGGGGCCACCUUCCUUGCUGCAGCAGGUGGCAGCGGGGGGCUCGUCGGAUGAAGCAGGGGGAGGCAGGGAGGCAUGUGGGUUGACUGAGCCGGGUGGAGGGGGUGAGACGGGUGGGGGAGCUGAGGCCAGUGGGGGAGCCGAGGCGGGUGUGGGGGGGAACCGGGAGGAGGGACAUGGGAAGGCUGAGGAGCAUGACGGCCCGCCCUCGUUGCAGCAGAAGGUGGCAGUGGCAGUCUCGCUGGAUGACACAAUGGCAGGCAAGGAGGCGUGUGGAGGGGCGGAGGCGGGUGGGGAUGGGUCGAUGGAUGGAAGCAGUGAUGGGGCGAGGGUGAAUGGUGCCAUCUCGGGGGGUGCAGAGGAAGAGCAGAAAGGUGGAGCAGGGAGGAUGUGUGCAGGGAGUGGUGGGGUUGAUGACUGUACGGGUUCCAAAGUCUAUGCAGGCAGCUGA